AUGCCGAACGGUAACUCUCGGCCCAAAGAUCCGCCGAGAAUUGCCACGAAAUCUUGCACUUGUGUCAUCCCUCUACCAGUUGUCAAGAAGCCUACUGGAGGUAUUGCCAUAACGUUCACCAAAGAUCUCCUGGUGGACCCCGCAACGCGCGGCGUGCACGAUAUCAGACACACUGUCGUCGCUGCGGCCAGUAGUUCUAGCGCCUCCCGCGCACAAAAAUUCCUGAAAGAGGUCAAGGCCCCGUCCACUGCUCAGGCGUAUGGCUCAUACGCGGAGCUGGUACAAAACCCAGACAUCGACAUUGUCUAUAUCGCCACGCCUCAUUCCCACCACUAUCAAAACGCACUCCUCUGCCUCGAAGCUGGCAAGAAUGUCCUCUGCGAAAAGGCCUUUACCGUCAACGCUGCUCAAGCUAAGAUCCUGGUCCAAAAGGCACGCGAGAAAAACCUCUUCCUGAUGGAGGCAGUGUGGACACGAUAUUUCCCCGUCUCUGUUUAUGUACGCGAGGCGAUUAGCUCGGGCAAACUGGGUCACGUAGUCAGGGUAUCUGCCGACAAUUCGCGCGCUUCCGAACCGGAGAAGACCUGGUCCGACGGCAAACAUAGGAUGGUCAAUCCAGAACUGGCGGGCGGCGCGCUUCUGGACCUGGGAAUCUACAGCCUGACGUGGGUCUUUCAGACUUUGUACACCACGCAAGCCCCCGAAAGUCGCCGCCCUCCAAAGGUUGUUUCCAGCAUGGUUAAGUAUCCACCAACGGGCGUUGACGAGACGACUACCAUCCUUCUCACGUUCCCUCGCGACGUGGAACAAGGAGGCGACAUGCACGCUGUUGCCACUACGGGUAUGCGCACGUCAAGCAAUACCGACGGAAAGGGCACGGCAGGGCCUGCGGUCCGAAUCCAAGGAACAAAGGGGGAAAUGCAAGUCUGGCCACCGGCAUACCGGCCAACGAAGACGAGGCUGAUACUCAUGGAUGGCACUACAGAAGACAAGGACUGGUCGCAGCCUGGACCUGGCAAAGGAAGUGGAUGGUUCAACGGCUUCGGAGACACAAUGAACGCAGAGGGCGAGGGCCACGGAAUGUUUUGGGAGGCGGAUGAAGCGGGGAGAGCGAUAGUCGAGGGGCGCAAAGAGGGCAAGUAUGAAAGCCUGGACGAGAGUGUGUUGAUUAUGGAGGUGAUGGAUGAGGUUAGACGCCAACAUGCCUUCAGGUACCCAGAGAAGAUCGAGACCACCGAAAGAGUCGAACUCUGA